CGACCAAAAGAAACUGAAAAGUGAAUUACCGAAUUGCAGAGAGAUCCGCGGCGCCCUGAGCUAUGGCGGAAAGCGACGACGAUGAAGGCUUCGGCGAUUUCAAAUUCGCAUCAUCAUCAAACUCAAUCAACGGCCCGGGACAUUUCUCUGCCAAUAACAUCAGCAAUACCGAUGACGAUGACUGGGGAGAUUUCAUCAACUCCUCUUCUCACUCCCGCGCCGGAUCACUACCCGCCGAGCUGUUUGACCCGUUCGGUAUAUCGUCACCUCAGGCACAGCCGAACUCGGUGCCGAGUGGAUCCGAUUCUGCUCCGACUGGAUGGAUCAAGCCGAGUGGAGCCUUACCGUUAUCGAUUUUUGGGGAGGAGGAGGGGGAAGAGGAGGAGUCAGGUGCGGCGGAUCCCCCGUUUAAUGGCGCAAAUGGUUUGUUUUUCAGUCCUAGAAAGGUUGACAAUGCGAAGACGAAUCAAUCGGAUUUGAAUGAUUUGAUUUUUAAUUUGUAUAAACAUAGCGUGAAGAACAACGAUGGAAACGGACCGAAAUCAUCAGUUUUGGAUCCAAAGAAUUCGGUGGAUUUGGAUACUAAUAACAAGACUUUGAAUCAAAAUGAGCAUGAUGAGUGUUUGCAUGGGUCGACUCUGAACUUGAAUGGAAAGCAUGAGUUGAAUUUCAGCUCAACUGGAUCCAUUUCAAAGCAGGACGAAUUGAAUUGGGGUUCAAAUGGAUUGAAUUCAAAUGUAAAUUCGUCCAGUUUGGAUGGAAACGGGACGAAUUUACGUACAAAUUUGUUUAAAGAGUUAAAUUUGAGUUCAAAGGGCCUUGCUCCAAUGCAGAAUGGAUUUAAGUUGGAUUUAAAUGGAUUUGAUUCUAGUUUAGUUCAUGGAGACGUGAAGGUGGAUGGCGAUGAUGGUGGUGAUGAUGAUGAUGAUGGGUGGGAAUUCAUGAGUGCAGAUUCCAAGGCGAAAUCGGAAACUGAAAUGUCUAAUGUUAAGAGGGAGGAGAAUAAAGCUCAAAAUGGCUCAAUAUCAAAUUUCAAUGCGUCCAAUUUCAGCUGGAAUGUGUUGGGUGAGGAUAACAGCAGGUUGAAUUCCAAUGUGAAUGGGGUACAUUUGAGUUCAGCUGGUGAAAAUGAAGAAUCCAGUGAUGAUGAUGGAUGGGAAUUCAAAGCUGCAGAAUCAGAAAUGUCCUCUAGAAAUGACAGCACAAAGGUCGAUGGGGAAGUACAGGAACAUCAGAAAGGAGCUGAAUACAUUUUUGGGUUUGGAAAUGGCACAAAUGGUCCCAGUGAGUUUUUUGUCACACAAGCUGGGGUCUCUGGCACUCCUUAUGAUUGGGGGUUCAGAUCUAGUUUUGGCUCUAGUUCCAAAGGUCAAAGCAUGCAGGAUAACAAAAACAACGGAUUCAUUUCUUCUGCAGUUGAUGAUAAUAUUGAUUCUGAUAAAAGUUGCUGGGCCUUUAAGGAUGGGUUUUUAGAAACUAGAUCAGAAGAUAAGGAAGAGCCCAAGGUUGCCAAUGGUUCUGCUGUAGAAGACUUUUCAUUUGAUGGUAAAAUCCAGAGGAACGAGGGAAGGUUGGAGAAACACAAGAGAGCUUUGCCCCUUUCCAUUUUUGGUGAUAUAGAACCAGAAACAGAUGAUCCUUUGACAUAUCAUGAUGUUUCUACUAAUAGGCCUGCUUCCUCAAAAGUUGGCAUGAAGAAUCCUGGUUCCAAUAUGCCUAUCAAAGAUCUUAUAUCAACCUUAUACAGUCAAGCUGAGCAGAAUGCUUCCAUUAAUCAUAGGGAUGGUCCAAAUGAAAACAAAUUUGGUUCAACCCAGAGAGAGGUGGCACCUGAUUUGAUACAAGCUGAUGAUGGUUUUGAUGAUGAUUCAUGGGAAUUCAAAGGUGCCCUUUCUGGAAGUGGAGUCAAAAAUCAUAGGUCUGUGCUUGGUGUUGGAGAUUCAUUUAAAUGGUCCUUGACAAAAGGAGAGAUGAAUGAUUAUGUGGAUUUCUAUUUGAAGUUGAAGGAUGAACUGUGCUUUGUUGCACUUUCCCAUGUUGACAGUUUGAAGAAAGUUCAGAGUUCUGCUCCUGCUGGUGGAGAUGCUGAAAUAGAAGGGCUUGAGAAGGAAAUCCAGGAUCUUUGUGAUGUCACGCACAAAGAUGGUACGAUAACCAAGAGAAUCCCCUCAGAGCAUAAUCCAUCAAGAAGUGUUUUCCUGAAUGAAUUUUGUAAGAUUCUGCAGGAAGAAAAGUUCCAAGUGCUUGAGUUGGAAUACCACUUAUCAGAAAAACUGCCACUGGCAGAGAAGGAUCUAAAAUCAGCAAUUGAACUCUUAAAACAUGCGGCAUCAACAUUAAAGAUUCUAAGCCUGGGAUCAAUUGAGGAGCAGUAUGGUUAUGUUUCCACAUGGCUGCAGAUUGUCUCUACUUGCACUCAAGAGUUGAAGCAUGGUUCUCUCAUUUGGAAGCGGUCACUAGAGAAGAACAUUCACACUCAAAUAUUAACAAAUCCUCAAGGCAGACAGUACAUCCAUGCCCUUGGAGAAAUUUACAGAGUCAUUGAAAUCAUUGGGAUUUCAGCCAAACUUUUCAAGCCUUGGAUACUGUUUAGUUCUGCUAAUUCUACUGGCAUAUUUGAUCUUUUAAGGGAGUGCUCUAUGUUGUGGUCAAAUACAGGACUCCAAGAUGCAUGUCAGAGCAUGUCUGAUCUUGCUCAUUCAGAUUCUGAAGCAAUCAAGGCUUUACUUGGUUCCAUCAUGUAUAUUCACAAUCUUGAUAUGAACAAACUUCAUAAUCACAUCAUAUCUGGCAAAGAACCAACCUGCCAUCUUUCCCUCUUGACUGCUGGGACAGUACCAGGCAUGAAGAUGGUGGCGUGGAAUGGGGAGCACUACUUUUUGACAAUGGCAAAUCUGUGGGCAAAUCUACUAAGUUGUGACCCUCCAAAUCUGCCUCACAUACUUGCUAGCCAAUCAGCACCCACAGGAAUUAUGUAGGGAAAUUUAUUGAUUUCCUGAUGAACGUAGAAUUGCUAUUCCAUUUAUGUGGAGCUUUUGCAACAUCGCCACACUUGCACUUGUGCAAGGAUACAACUCGGUAAAUUUUCAUGACCUCACUAGAUGCAUGCUGCUCACAGUCUGAUUAGGCAUCGUCUCCGAAUCUUUUCUCUUUUGCUUCAUCAGUAGUCAUUCUUUUCAUGAGAGCUGUAGAUAGCACCAAAUGUAGAAAUAUUGUAUAAUUUUUCAUCAAGCUGUAUCUUGUUAUUCAUUCCCAAACUGGGUGAAUCAAAUAAGCACCCCAUCCCCAUAUACCUAGAGACAGUCAUUAAGCAUAACUAAGAGACAUGUGUCUCAUCGUGUAUUUCACUCAUCAAGCGGUGAAAACAAUGAAGAUGGAAAAUGGGAAACUUUUGUUUGGGUUUUUCUUCCCCCAUUUUUUCAAACUUUAUUUGUACAAAGGAAGUAUUCCUUUCCAUUCUCUUUAUUCACUUUAGUUGUUGGGUAUGUUGCUCCAACGUAAGACCUUCGGUAGUUUGAUGAAUCCCUCCUAUUAGAAUGAAUUAUAAUUUAAUAG